CGGAGUCUUUCCCGCGUGCACGUCGUCGUGAUCCUGUCAUCCGGACAAGAUCGUCUUCGUCGUCGUGAGAUUGCGUAUUCCCACAGCGCUUCGACAGCCGAUUGCCGCACCCGAGCGCUUUUCAGAUCGACGUUGCUAUUCCCAUGUCGAAAGAAGCGGCGCAAUCACCGAAAAGCGGAAAAACGAUCGAUCAGACCGCGGAUCGGACGGCCAUUGUCGCUGCUCGUCUCAAGAAGCUGUACAAAAAUUCUGUCUAUCCCGUCGAAAAGAAGUAUCGCUACGAUUAUUUCUUUGAAAGUCCACUUUUGAGUGACGUCGAGUUUGAUGCCAAGCCUCAAGUGCUUCUGGUUGGACAAUACAGUGUAGGAAAGACUUCCUUCAUUCGUUACCUACUCGGUAGAGACUUUCCUGGUCAACGGAUCGGUCCCGAGCCUACUACCGAUCGAUUCACCGUAUUGCUGAACGGCCCGGAAGAACGCACUAUUCCGGGAAAUGCUCUCUCGGUGCAUCCUGAUCUACCCUUUCGGGGUCUCGAGCGCUUUGGAGUCAGUUUUCUGAGUCGCCUCGAAGGCAGUCAAUUACCAAGUAGUGUUUUGAAAUCCAUCACACUCAUCGAUACCCCGGGUAUCCUUUCGGGAGAAAAGCAACGCACCAACCGUGGGUACGAUUUCACGAAAGUCGUAUCCUGGUUUGCCGAAAAGGCGGAUUUGAUUAUUCUGCUCUUUGACGCACACAAACUUGAUAUCUCGGAUGAACUCAAGGGCGCAAUCGAUGUCCUUAAGGGGCAUGAAGACAAAAUUCGAUGCAUUCUCAACAAGGCUGAUCAGAUUGAUCGGCAACAAUUGAUGCGAGUUUACGGUGCGCUACUUUGGUCGCUCGGUAAAACUAUGACCAGUCCAGAAGUAGCCCGAGUUUACGUCGGCAGCUUUUGGCAGCAACCGCUGCAGCACAUGGACAACGCCGACUUGUUCGAAAUGGAGGAAAAGGAUCUCAUGAAGGAUUUGGCCGUCCUUCCACGGCAAUCAGCCGUACGAAAAAUCAAUGAACUCGUCAAACGCAUUCGCAAGGUCAAGACCUUGGCCUACAUUAUUGGCUACUUGAAAUCACAAAUGCCUGCACUCAUGGGCAAGGAAAAGAAACAAAAGAAACUCAUUGCCGACUUACCGACGGUGUUUCGUACGAUUAUGAAAAAGUACGACUUGGCCCCCGGCGACUUUCCCGAAAUUGCCAGCUUUUCUAACAAACUGCACGAAACCAAGUUUGCCGAGUUUAAUACCUUGUCGGAAAAACAAAUUGCUGAUCUGGACCGGGUCCUGAAUGAGGAUAUUCCCAAACUCAUGGAAGAAUUGCCCAGUGAAAAGGACUCUCCCGACAUUAUCCGAUCCAAAAUGGGAGCUGCUGGUGGCAUCGCCAAGGUUCCGGUCCCGGUCGCCAAUAAUAAAUUCGGCAAAAAAGAAACGGCUCACGAAAGCAAUCCUUUUGGCUACGAUGAGGAGAACGAAGAUUACUGGGCACUGCAGGAUUCAGCAGAUCGUCUCCUGCCAAGCUUUGAAGCCUUGGGACCAGAUGGUGGCUAUCUCUCGACGGCCAAGGCACGUGAUGUGCUGGUCAAAACGGGGCUCGAAAAGGACCAACUUCGCCAAAUCUGGAACCUUAGCGACAUCGAUAAGGACGGUCUCUUUGACCAUGACGAAUACGUUGUGGCCAUGUUUUUGUGUGAUGCUGUUCUGCAAAAAGGUCGACCCAUUCCCUCCGAGCUCCCGGCGAGUGUUAUUCCGCCGCGCAAGCGAUCACUGUUAGCAGAGAAGAGCAGCGUAUUUUAAAGGGCAAUAGCAACAACAUCAAGAG